CGUUGAACGUUUCCAGUGUCCGCCGUGCAACUACUUCUCAAAAGUUUCACCAUAUUCAACGAAGAAGAAGAUCAUUAUUGUUGGGACUUCUCCUCUAUUCUGAUUAAUCACUUCAUCGCACAGUUGUUGGAGUUUGACAAUGGCACUGAAGUACAUUGUUGGUUCUGUGGUUGCAUCAUUUGCAUUUGCAUACGUUUGUGACACUGCUACUUCUGACCAUAAGUUGUUUGGAGGUACUACUCCAAAGACAGUUGCUACCGAUGAAUGGUGGAAAGAGACGGACAAAAAAUUCCAGGCGUGGCCUCGUACAGCUGGUCCUCCGGUGGUUAUGAACCCCAUCAGACGCCAAAAUUAUAUUGUCAAGUCUUGACUCAGAAAUUAAAGUUCAUUUAACCCCAUGUCUUUGUUCUGCUACAUUUGUUUCGAAUCGUACCAGUUUUCUAGUCUGAGCCAGGAUAUGAUCUGCUGCCGAAUUUCUACUUCUUUGCCGUUUCCCAUUAAGAUAAAAAAUUGUCAUCGUUGGAUUGUAAUAAUGUUUCUUCAGUUUGUUUCCCAUGGGUACAAACAUCAUCUGCUGGGCUAAUAUGAGUAAUUGCUUAUGUUUUGGCUUUUU